CUGCAUGCUCAUGGUGCCCUCUCCGCCCUGUCUCUGUGCCCCAUAUCCCUGAACGUUGAGCCAGUGGGUUUGGGUGGUGCCGUGGCAUAGCCACCUCCAGCCAUGGCAAAAUCACAUGUCAGGCCCCACCUCGCCCGAGUGUGCCCAGCACGCAGCUGUUACCAGCCCGCUGGUGUCUGAGCUUUUGGGAAACAGCUCUGCCAGCUUUUCCCUGCAAAUGUGAGGGUGAGACGUGUGCUUGGUUUGAAAUGCAGGCCAGGGGCUCAUUUGUUUCCAGGAGCUGGAGUGCUCAGAUAAAAAUAUAUAUAGGAAACCCACAUGUAGAGGUGGAAGUUGCCUAUGCAGUGCUGCCAAUGUGCUGGGUGCUGUACAAACAUAAAAGCAGGCACAGUCCCUGCCCUGAAGAGGCUGCAAGGCCUUGAUCCUGCAAGUACGUAAGCAGGAUUUAUUUGCUGACUUUGCCAUCCUGAAAGAAGAUGGGAAAGGGCUACAAAGUAGUGAUUUGUGGAAUGGCAUCAGUGGGAAAAACCGCAAUUUUGGAGCAGCUUCUCUAUGGAAAACAUACUGUUGGUUUAGAAGAGGGUGCAACAGUGGAAGAUGUGUAUUUGGCUUCAGUCGAAACAGAUCGUGGGGUAAAAGAACAGUUACGUCUCUACGACACUACGGGUCUGCAAGAGGGAGUAGAGUUUCCAAAGCAUUACUUCUCUGUUGCUGAUGGUUUUAUUCUUGUGUAUGCUGUGAACAGCCUUGAAUCCUUCCAGAGAGCAGAAGUGAUCAAAAAAGAGAUUGACACAGUGAGAGACAAAAAAGAGGUGACAGUUGUCGUCUUAGGAAACAAAACUGACCUUACAGAGCAAAGACAAGUGGAAACAGAAAUAGCACAGCAAUGGGCAAAGGCUGAGAAGGUGAGACUGUGGGAGGUGACAGUGACGGAUCGGAAAACGCUCAUUGAACCUUUCACUUCAUUAGCUAGCAAGCUUUCCCAAUCCCAGAACAAGUCAGCAUUUCCCUUGCCUGGGAGGAAGAGCAAAGGCAAUAACUGUGAUAACUAA